AUGCGCUUCCGAAUCCUCAUUAUCGGAAGAGCGAAUGCAGGAAAAACCACCAUCCUCCAGAGGGUUUGUAAUACACGAGAGAACCCAGAAAUAUAUGACAGCAACGGGGAAGAGAUCGAUCCCGCUGUGUUGAUGGCAUCUAGAGAGCGCGGAGUGCAUCAUAUCGAGAACGAAAUGGUGUUUGCAAGCAACCCGGGAUUCGUAUUCCACGACUCACGUGGGUUCGAGGCAGGAGGACAGUCCGAAUUCAAAAAGGUGAAGGAUUUUAUCGCAAGUCGUUCUAAGAAGAGCCGUUUGAGUGAUCGAAUCCAUGUCAUAUGGUACUGCAUUCCGAUGGAUGAGGAUGGCAGAUCUUUCACGGAAGCGGAAGUCAAGUUUUUUUCUCAGUGCGACACUGGAAGCAUUGCAGUAAUGGUGUUGUUUACUAAAUUUGACGCUCUCUACGACGAUGAAUUUGCAGAGCUGAUAAGUAAGGGAGUAUCAAGAAAAGAUGCUGAAGCGCUAGCCCCGCAGCAUGCCAAAGAAGCAUUCGCCAAUGGGCCACAACUAAAGCUCUUAUACAACCGCAAAGGCAACCAACGUCCUCCAAGAUGCCACAUAUGCUUGGCUGAUAUGGACAAGGAGAAUGCAGACUGUGGGAUACUUAUUGAACGCACGGCUGACAUUCUGGACGAUGAUACGCUGAAACAGAUGUUUGUCUCAACUCAGCGGACCAACGUUGAGCUGUCCGUGAGAUAUGCAGUCGAAAUGUAA